UAAAUUUAGGGCCACUGAAAAAAAAAAAGUUCCUUGUUGAGAAGGGGUAAAAUUUACAGCCAUAUUCCCUUCGGAAACAUCCAAAACCAAACAUACCCCGUGACGAUGAAUUUCACUCUUCUCUUCUCUUCUCUUCUCUUCUCGCGAAUCCCCUUUUAUUCGCUUUUCGUUCCAAAACUUUUCAAAGUCAGAAAUUCCUAAUCACCACCAAUUGCUAACUUCCCCGAUGAUUUCCAAACUCCCUCAUCACUUCAAACUAUAAAUAUUAUGCCUACAGCUUCACCACCUCCCUGGCACCAAAACCUUCCAAAAAAACCUCCUUGCAAAUCCCUUUUUUUUUUCCUUGUAUCAAUCUCAAUGUCCACUCUUCUUCUCCUCUCCCUUCUUUUCCUCAUCCUUUUCUUCAACCUCUCUUCUUCUCAAUCUCCUCAAAGUUCCCCUGUUUCCGCCUCAAACUCCUCUCAAAUCCGCCUUGCAUGCCAAUCCACUCGCUUCCCACAACCCUGUGAAAGCUCUCUCACACAAUCCUCCCCUCUCCCUCCUAACCCAACCUCCCUCCAAAUCAUCCAAUCAGCCAUUUCCGUCUCUUCCCAGAAUCUCAAAACCGGACAAUCCAUGGUCAAAUCCAUUCUCGACUCCUCCAAAGGCAACCUUAAUCGCACCAACGCCGCCACCAUCUGCAUCGACAUUCUUUCUUACUCAGAUUACCGCAUAAACUCAGCCAAUGACGCGUUAACACGUGGUAAGAUCAAGGAUGCACGUGCCUGGAUGAGCGCGGCCCUUUGCUACCAAUACGAUUGUUGGAGCGCACUCAAGUAUGUAAACGACACCAAAUUGGUCGACCAAACGAUGGCGUUUUUGGACUCUCUAACGCAACACAGCAGUAACGCGUUAAGCAUGAUUGUCGCUUACGAUAAUUACGGGGAUGACGUAUCCUCGUGGACCCCACCCAAAACGGAACGGGACGGGUUUUACGAGAAAGGGUCGGGUGGGACGGAUUUGGGGUUUAACGGGGGUUUUCCGUCAGACAUAAAGGUGGAUGUAACGGUGUGUAAAGAGGGCAGUGGAGGGUGUUACAAGACGGUCCAAGACGCCGUUAACGCGGCACCGGAUAAUGCAGAGACGACACGUCGUUUUGUGAUACACAUAAAGGAAGGGGUGUACGAGGAAACGGUGAGGGUUCCGUUUGAGAAGAGAAAUGUGGUGUUUCUGGGGGACGGGAUGGGUAAAACGAUUAUUACGGGUUCUUUAAAUGUGGGGAAGCCCGGAAUGUCCACUUAUGAAUCUGCUACAGUCGGAGUUCUUGGGGAUGGAUUUAUGGCCAGUGGCCUCACAAUCAAGAACACAGCAGGCCCUGAUGCCCACCAAGCAGUAGCCUUCAGAUCAGAUAGCGAUCUUUCUGUUAUUGAGAACUGUGAAUUCUUAGGCAAUCAAGAUACUAUCUAUGUUCACUCACUCCGCCAAUUCUACAAGAAGUGCCGUAUUCAGGGGAAUGUGGACUUCAUCUUUGGAAAUUCUGCUUCAGUAUUCCAAGAAUGCGAAAUUUUGGUUGCUCCCCGGCUGUUAAAUCCAGAAAAAGGUGAGAGCAAUGCCAUCACAGCUCAUGGCAGAACAGAUCCUGCUCAAUCAACUGGUCUCAUUUUCCAAAACUGCUUGCUCAAUGGAACUGAUGAAUACAUGAGAUACUACUAUAGCAAUCCUAAAGUGCACAAGAAUUAUUUGGGAAGGCCGUGGAAGGAAUAUUCAAGGACAGUUUUUAUAAAUUGUGUCAUGGAAGCUUUUAUUUCUCCAGACGGCUGGAUGCCAUGGAGUGGUGAAUUUGCAUUGAAAACACUUUUCUAUGGCGAAUCUGGGAAUUCUGGACCAGGAUCAAAUGUGUCGAAGAGAGUUCCAUGGAGUUCACAAAUUCCAUUGGAGCAUGUUUAUACUUAUUCUGUCCAGAAUUUCAUUCAAGGAGAUCAGUGGAUUCCAACAUCAUCUUGAUUUUUUUCCCAUAUUACCAAGAACCUUCUUCUUUGUUAAAUCAAAAUGAUAAGAACUCUAAGGUUGUAAAGCCAACUAAAUUUUAGGCAAUCAUCUUUUGAUCUGCUACGAAAUCUUCGUUGGAGGAGGGGCCAGUUUUAUAGGCAGUAGGGUUCGUAAUAUUGCAAUAUUACUAUUAUACCUUAGAUUACACAAAGGAAAGAUUAUACUUUGCCUUUUUUUUUAUAAAGAAAGUCUUAGUUUGAAAUAAAAAAAGAUUGUAGAGUUUGGAAUAGA